AUGUCGUCUGUCCCAAAAGCAAUCCUCAAAGCCCUGAACCUCCCUACCGACCCAGCAACCUGCGCUCUCGACUCCUCCGGCCUAAGCUCCGGCUUCACAAGCACAUGUACCCUCCGCGCAACAAUCCAAAAUGAAACCGGCACCCAAACAGAACACAAAUACUUCAUAAAAACCUCCAAAGACGGCCCCGCAGCAGCAGAAAUGUUUCACGGCGAAUACGAAUCUCUAAACGCUAUCGCUAACGCCGUCCCAGGCUUCUGUCCCCGCGCAUUAGCCUGGGGUCCCCUCGACGGGCAAAACGGGUACUUCCUCGCGACAGAAUUUCUCAAUCUAGGCAGCUCCAUGGGUCGGGGUUCUGGGGACGAGACGAAUCCGGUUAGUUUGGCGUAUAGAUUGGGGAAAUUGCAUACGACGCCUGCGCCGGUGGAUGCGCAGACUGGUCGGCGACGAUACGGGUUUCCUAUUCCGACGUUUUGCGGUGAUACGAGGCAGUCGAAUACGUUUUACAAUAGUUGGGCUGAUUUCUACGCGAACGAGAGGUUAUUGACUAUUCACGCGUCGUCGAAGAAACGCAAUGGUCGUGAUGAGGGGCUACGCGAGCUCGUUGAGAAGACUGCUCACAUCGUCGUGCCGCGUUUACUCGCAGAUGAUCAUCUGGGGUAUAAUUCCCGGGGUGAAGGACAGGGUAUUCAGCCCGUUGUCGUGCAUGGGGAUUUGUGGAGUGGAAAUGCUGAUCGAGGGAGUAUCGUUGGGAAUGGACGUGAGGAGGUGGUGGGAGAUGUCGUUUAUGAUCCGUCGGCGUGCUAUGCACAUAGUGAAUUCGAGUUGGGGAUUAUGCAUAUGUUUGGUGGAUUCGGGGCGAGGUUUUUCGAACAGUAUCAUCGCGUUGUGCCAAAGACCGAGCCUGUGGAGGAGUAUGAAGAUCGGGUGCGGUUGUAUGAGUUGUAUCAUCAUUUGAAUCAUCAUGCUAUCUUUGGUGGUGGGUACCGGUCUGGUGCGGUGUCUAUUAUGCAGAAGCUCCUUCGGAAAUACAGUGAUAGGCGCUAG